CUCCCUGCCUGCGUGGUGACGUAAGAGGGCGUGUCCAAACAAAGGACAGAGGGGACUCCACAAUGGGAGACAGUUUUCACGAGCAGCUGUUAGAGGACAGUGCCUUCCUCAAAGCUGAGCGGAGACUGGACACGGAGCUGGUGGACAAACUCAUCCUGCAGCUCAACAGGAUCUACCCGCAGAUCCUCACUGACAAGGAGGCCACCAGAUUUCGAAACUUGGAUGUGCCCACAAGUGUUCGAGUGGGUGAGCUCCUGACACACCUGCAGGGGAAAGGAGAGGAAGCAUGCAGGGAGUUUUACAGAGCUCUUCACUUGCAUGUAGAGGAAGUAUACUACAGCUUGCCCACACGGCUCCGCCUCAGAGAUUACCUGGACCCACUCAAACAUCCACGUGUCUACCAUCAGAAACAUGUUCUGAACGACAGAGGUCCCAUUUUCUUUCUGGGCUGUUUCAGUGUUGCAGUUGGAAUGGCUUUACUCUAUUACUACAGUGAAGCAAAAGUGACAGGAGGUAGCCGGGCCCUCGGGAUGGCUGCUCUGGGUUUAAAGAAAAAAGCUCAGGAGGUCCUCAUAUGGUACACUGAAGAAAGCUUUAUGAAGUAAAGGGUGACUCCUUCACACCAGGUGCUUCAGUAGUACUGCUCUAAUGAAUGCUACUUGUACCAAAGCACGGCACAAAUGAUCUUUUCAAGAGUUGAAUACUAAAUUUCUAUACAGUUAAUACUUUGCUUAUGAUCUAAAAUGCGAAAGUUCAGAGCUACAUUUGACACUUUGCUCUUUAUAUAUUGAUAUACUAUUUAAGCGGGUUAAAGGGAUUGAAUACAUUUCAGGGAUGUGCAAAUCAAGAAGAAGCAAAUUAAAUUAGUUGAUGAUGAGAUAUUUUUCGCCACAGUCUUUAAAUGUGGCAUAAAGCACCUUUUACAAACCAAUUACAAAUGAAACAUUCACUACAUUAGUGACAAAAUAAGGCAUUUUAAUGACUAAAUAUUAACACUUGGAGGUACAUUCUUAACUACAUAGGAUCAGCCUACAUCUUUCAUUACUACAUAAAGGAGAGCCUCCAAUUCAUCAGUACAAUUUGCGUCCAUAUAAUAAUUAUUCUUGAACACAUUUUAUAUGCUUGCUUUCACUUUGGUGUAAGAGACCAGCCUUUUUUUUUAUAUUUAAACUUUUUAUUUUGGUUCAAACAGCACUCCGUGUUUUUCAUCACAGUGUGCUAAGCCUUGUACAUUUAUUUUUUAGAAAUGAUGAAUGAUGCUGCCUUUUCUGCUCAGUUACCACUGAUGUCAAGCCUCUGAAGCAGGGGUCUUCAACCAGGGGUCCGUGACCCCUAGGAGGGUCUGCAGAGGUACUACAGGGGGUUCGCCCAUUUUUGUUAUAAUAAUUGACAAUUUUCACCAAAAUAAUUUGUGAGAAUUAAAAAAUAUACAAAGAAUUACACAUUAAUAUGCAAUAAAAAAGCUACUUUUGACAAAAACUAUUACUAUUUACAUAUUAU